AUGCGCAGGUCCCUUGCUCUUCGACAUCUCAUGGGCGCUGGCUGCGGCUCUUCCGGAGCUGUGCAUUCUUGCCGUAUAUCGUCGUCCCUACAGGCUCUAGUCGCUUCCUCGGGCACACUCUGCUCCUCCUGCUCCCAGGCCUUCACCACGUCAUCCUCCGACACCAUCUCGUCCGCCAGGUAUGCGUCGUGCGUUGCCGUCUGCACACCCGUUCGGCACUUUGGCAAUGCGCCGUCGCGCAUUCGCCCAGUCGAGACACCCGCCGAGAACAUGUGGCGGCAGAGUGAGCGUGAGACGAGCGCCUCCGUGGUUAUUGUCAUUAUGUUCAUGGUGCCACUCUGGCUGUACGUGGCCUCAGCGCAUGGGCAGGAACACAAGCGCGCCGCGGUGCGCGCGUGGGCGCUGGAGCAACGUGCGGCACAUCACCCUUCUGAGAGUGAGGGCGAAGACGAGGCGUAG